GAUUAGGAUGAGCUGUGUACCUUUUUGCUUCUGAAAUGAUUUCAGGAAGUUUCUAUUUCCAAAUUAACUUCACAGAUACAUGUACGUGAUUGGUGUUGUACUUAACAGAGAUGAGCAUCUCUUAAUGAAUGACAUCAAGUAUCGACAUCAUUCAUCUGAAGUCUCUUUACCUGCUUCACCAUGUCAAAUGAUGAUGAAGCUGAGGAGACAUCUCAGCCAAGAGUGUACUCAUCCUCCAUACCAGAAGAUGACAUCUUGCAAACAGACUUCAAUGAAACGACUCAGUUGCUAACUGAUAUGAAGAAGAAGCAUCGAUCCAUUGUUUCCGAUAGUUACAAUGGCAAUGUCGUAAGCAACAGCACCUUCACACUUGGCUACAGUGCUGACCUGCUUACUUCAGACAAAAAGGUUACUUCCAACAACCUGCCAGCCUACAAGAGAAUAUGGGUUCGUCUCUCCAACAGCUCUCAAGGUGACAGAGACACAAAGGAAAGCUGCUUUGCAAAAUUCACUACCAAGAAAGCAAAACAGCGAUGGAACAACCUGAAAAUUGCUCUUCUCCUCAUGCUCAUGAUUGUGGUUGGAGUUUUCUUCAGUCUUCAAGAGGAAACAGAUGAAAUUCGAGCCAUACUUCCAACAUCGCGGACAAAGAGUCACAUUCUCAACAUCAGUGAUAUCAACGAAGCACGAUUAGAUGUUCUCAGACUCAGUGUGGCAGGGGCCUUUGAUACUGACUUGAAGAAUGAAACACAACACCUCUACUGUGCUACAGUAAUCCUUGCCAGGUCGUCUGAUGGACAUGCAGUCAAGGAAUUCAAGUACACCCUAAAAGAUGAUGAGGAUGUAGUAAACAGUACUCAAAUGGUGGAAUUUACAAAAAAGAUAGAGUUGCCUUGGGACAACUCUCCACAAGACGACACUUUUUACAUCCUUGUUUCCACAAAUACCAAGCAUCACACAGUGAUAACCAUCCGCUAUCUUGCCAUGCCACAUGCAGCCAUGUAUGAUGUGAUAUACGCUGGGGUUAUUCUUCUGGCAGUCUAUGUUCUGAUUGGCUUUGAUCUGGUUCACCGAACUGUGGCAGCCAUGUUGGGGUCCUUUGCUGUACUGGCCACAGCGGCUGCACUGAAUGAGCGACCUCCACUAGAUAAAGUUAUGACCUGGGUGGACUACGAAACACUGGCUCUCCUCUGGGGCAUGAUGACACUAGUAGCUAUCUUCUCCGAGACCGGUUUUUUUGACUACUGUGCACUGAAGGCCUACAAGAUCGCCCAGGGGAAAAUCUGGAUCCUUAUCGGUAUACUCUGUCUCUUCUCUGGUGGUAUCUCAUCAGUGCUGGAUAAUGUCACAACUGUACUGCUCUUGACUCCGGUUACUAUCAGGCUUUGCGAAGUCUUGGAACUAGACCCAAAGUAUGUCCUGAUUGCAGAGGUUAUGUUCUCCAACAUUGGUGGUACAGCAACAGCUAUAGGAGAUCCACCCAAUGUCAUUAUUGUCUCUAAUAAAGGAAUCAAGGAAGCAGGCAUAGACUUUGCAGAGUUCACACUGCACAUGUUUAUUGGUAUUAUAUUCUGUAUGCUGGCUGGUUUCCUGCUACUUUGGCUUCAGUACAGGAAGAUAGAGCUGUCUGUCAAAGAUCCCCCAGAGAAACGAGAGCUUAAGCGUGAAAUUGAGAUAUGGAAACAGACUGCAACCCGCCUUGUUGUAGCAACUAAGGAAGAAGCAACAGUCAAAAAACUGCUGUUGCAGAAGGUACAUCAACUGGAGGAUAGCCUGAAGAACCACAUGGUCAUGGUGGGGGAAUUGGAAUCCAGCUCAACAUGGCGAGAAAAUUUGAGAGAAUUAGAGAAAAAGUAUCGUAUUACGGACAGAAAUCUGCUAAUUAAGUGCAGCAUUGUGUUAGUAUCAGCUAUCAUCGCAUUCUUCAUCCAAUCUGUGCCCAGUGUUCACUUAAAUUUGGGUUGGACGGCUCUUUUAGCGGCAACAUUUCUCUUGGUCCUGGCUGAUAUCAAUGACAUCGAGAAUGUCAUGCACAGGAUUGAGUGGGCAACGCUAGUCUUCUUUGCAGCUUUGUUUGUACUAAUGGAGGGUGUGACCCAUUUAGGAUUGAUUGACUUCAUUGGAGGUCUGGUUUCUGCACUCAUCAUGACUGUACCCAAGAGUGCUCAGUUAACAGUUGCAAUCAUACUACUGGUCUGGGUUUCAGCUCUUGCUUCAGCUUUUAUUGACAACAUUCCAUUUACCACUGCUAUGAUCCCUGUCAUACUCAACCUGGGUAAUGACCCCAAUCUAGACCUGCCCCUAAAGCCAUUAGUCUGGUCCCUUGCCUUUGGAGCUUGUCUUGGGGGCAACGGUACACUCAUUGGUGCCUCAGCUAAUGUGGUGUGUGCUGGCAUAGCAGAGCAACAUGGUUGCAGUUACUCAUUUCGAGAAUUCAUGAGGGUUGGAUUUCCCAUGAUGCUUGUGACAUCCUUUGUUGCCAUGUCAUAUCUUCUCAUUGCACACAGCUGGGCUGGUUGGAAUUACUGAUGAAGCAGAAGCAUUACUCAAUAUACACAAUCACAUGACAGGAUUUAUUUUUAGGGGGAGGGAUAGCAACUAUCAAUCUAUACAUAAUGGUUACCAACAAUCACAUUAAAUUCUUCAGAGUUAAGAUAAAUCAUUCAAACAAAUCAAUUUUAUUUUCUUAGGGUUAAUAAAUAUUUAUAUAAUUAAAUUCACUGCAUUGGAACAGUUAAUAUAUUAUGACAACUCAUGGAUUAGAUUUGAGACAUAUUAAUGCUCAGUUUUUCUUUGUAAUAAAUGCUUUCUUAAACCUUUUGUAUCACUCAAUUUGACAUUUGAACAAGCUAAAGUAUUGAUAUUUAAUAAUAAUAAUACCAGUAUUGAUAUUUAUAAGUUUAAAAUACAGUCAAAAGUAUUUCCAAACGAAGUCUUUGUUACAAUGCACUAUGCUUGCUGUAAAUGUCAGUAUUAAAUGCAUUUUUCUGUACUUGGGAAAUAUCACAGGUAGAUCUUUACAUUGGCUAGCAUUCCCAUCAAAACAGCAAUGGUACAUGUAUCUUACUAUAUAUCGCUUUCUUCCAAACACUGCAACCUUGCAUGCAAGUUCAAGGCCCAUUUGCUGUGAAGGGAUACAUUUCCAAAGAGAUACUACAAUCUGGUAAUGUUACAAUUGUAAAUGAAACGUGGGCUUUCAGCACGCCAUGUUGAGAAGUGGGAGGGAAAGCUAAUAGCAAAAGCCAAGUUUGAUCUGUGCAAAUUGGGGGGAAAAAAACACAGCAAUCUUGGUCCACCCUAAGCUCUGUAGCUACCUGGAUUCCAUGGUAUUUCAUUUACUUGUUCAACUUUACCCACAGUGUCUAGUGAUAGAGAUGCUGGCAAACCACUCCAAAUCAAAAUGAGGCAUAUCAACUUGAACUGUACUUUCUUGAUGGAUGAGCCAGGAUGUGUUUCUGUUUGCUGUAAAUUAACCGUAUCAGUAGUCAGUAAUGUAUGGUGAUGCAUCAAACCAAAGAUUGCAGGGACUAUCAUGGGUAUUACAUUGUAUACUAAACAAACAUUACUAGUAAUAAGGGUACACAAAGUUCUUCCCAGCUACUGAACACUGACUCAGUGGUUACCAUGUAUAUGUAGGUGAAAUCUUGAAUACAUACAAGUUUAACAUAGGUACUAUUGUUGCCAAAAGACUGCGCAAAUCUAAUUCCACACAAAGCACUCCAUUUCCUACUGAGCAACGAGUACUGAGAACACUCUUCAGAUGCAACUUUAUACAUGUAAAUUAAUUUUUGGAUUUUUUUUGGCCCUGCCUGACAUGUAUUUUAACACUGUAUGCUCAGCGUAUGCCUCUGAAGGCUUAUGAAAAAACACAAACGUACUCGGGUGGGACUCAAACCCACAACCUCCUGCUUACUAGUGCAGACGUCUUAACCACUCGACCACCAAGCUUGCUUUAUACAUGGAAUGCUGAUUGACAUCACUCAAAGAGGGUAUUAUUUUUACUAAUGAUAUCAUGAAGCAGUACAUUACUAUGGAAUUCAGUACAUUUUUACAAGCAUAAAUCAUGUACUCUAUAUUUUAUAUUGGCAAUAUGGUAUUUAACACUGUCUAAAC